AUGUCUCAUGUCAAUUAUUGGAUUAAUUGGAUUUAUAAUAAUGACCUUCAAUUACCAAGAUGCUCCUCUUCAUUAAUUAAACAAUAUUUUACUCAUGACUGGAUCAUCGGAUUAAUUGGAGGGUAUGUUAUUUGGAUACCUUCUUGUGCCAUCAUUUAUUCUAUGAACCCAGCACUACAACUAAUUAUGAUGAACCUUAUAGGUGUUUUCUUUGUUCUUGUUAUGGCAACAAUAACAAAGAAAUCAACUCAACAAGAAAAUGCAUUACAACUUCUUGAUGAAGAAUUAAAUGUUUUAGACAUACCUGAACAACAAAAAAAUGAACAUGAUUAA